AUGUUUCUCACUGCAUUUUUGACCCCAUAUACCCUACUCCUCCUCCCAAUCCUCUACUACAUUCUUCCAUAUCUCCGAAAUAACAGUUUACGGAAAAUCCCUGGUCCUCUACCAGCGGCAUUGUCGAAUCUAUGGCUAUUGUACCAGGCUCGACGAGGCCGAAGAUACCUCGAAGUCGACAAAUUGCACAAGAAACUGGGCAAGGUUGUGAGAAUACAGCCCAAUCAUGUCUCCAUCGCCGACGUGGACGCCAUUCAGACCAUCUAUGGACAUGGCAAUGGAUUCUUGAAGAGUGAUUAUUAUGACGCCUUCGUCUCGAUUCGACGAGGCCUCUUCAACACCCGUGACCGAGCUGAACAUACUCGCAAACGCAAGGUCGUCUCCCACACCUUCAGCGCCAAAUCCAUCGGCCAAUUCGAGCAAUACAUCCACGGCAACCUCGAGCUCUUCGCCAGCAAAUGGACCGACAUGUCCAAGAACCGCAAGAACCCAAAGACCGGCUAUGCCAGCCUCGACGCCCUCCACUGGUUCAACUACCUCGCCUUCGACAUCAUCGGCGACCUGGCAUUUGGCGCCCCCUUCGGCAUGCUCGAGCACGAACGCGACUUCACCGAGAUCCGCAAGACGCCCGACGCAAAGCCACAGACCGCCUCCGCCAUCGAGGUGCUCAACCGCCGCGGCGAAGUCUCGGGCACCCUGGGCUGCUACCCACAGCUGAAGCCCUACGCCAAGUAUCUCCCGGACAAGUUCUUCAGCCAGGGUGUCGAAGCGGUCGAAAACCUGGCGGGCAUCGCUAUCGCACGCGUGGCGCAGCGACUCGAGAACCCCAACACGGACCGGGUCGACCUGCUCGCACGCCUGAUGGAGGGCAAAGACGCCAACGGCGAGAAACUGGGCCGCGAAGAACUCACCGCCGAGGCCCUGACGCAACUCAUCGCCGGCUCCGACACGACGUCCAACACGGCGUGCGCCCUGCUCUACUACGUGCUCCGCACGCCGGGCGUGCUGGCCAAACUCCAAAAGGAACUCGACGACGCCAUGCCGGCCGGCGUCCCCUCGUACGACCAAGUCAAGGACCUGCCGUACGUGCAAUGGGUGAUCAACGAGACGAUGCGUAUCCACUCGACGUCGUCACUGGGCCUCCCGCGGCUCGUCCCCGGCGCGACGCCGGAGAACCCCAACCCCAAACCCGUCGAGAUCCUCGGCCACCGCUUUCCCCCGGGCACCGUGCUCUCGGUCCCCAGCUACACGAUCCACCACAGCAAGGAGAUCUGGGGGCCCGACGCCGACGAGUUCGUCCCCGAGCGCUGGGACGAGAAGGCCCGCCUCACCCCGGCCCAGAAAGACGCCUUCAUCCCCUUCAGCUACGGGCCCCGCGCCUGUGUCGGCAGGAACGUCGCAGAGAUGGAGCUCAAGUGUAUCGUCGGCACCGUGUUCCGCAACUUUGAGUUUCGGGAUGAGCAUGACGGCCCCAUGGAGACCCGCGAGGGGUUCCUCAGGAAGCCCCUGGCUUUUAAUGUCGGUGUCAAGUGUCGUGCGACUUAG